AGUGAAGGAAGUGUUUUAUCACCUUUUACUGGCACCAGAGGGGGUUUGCCUCAAAGUCUCCGGAGCCUUGUCUUUAGGAGAGAUCUCCAUUAGGAGAUAAUGGCCUUUCGUUGCCCAUAGCUGCAGUAAGACGCGAAGCCGUUAGGCGCAUGCGCAGUAAGACGGUUGCAGAGCUCUUCCUGGACGCGUUGCUUGGAUACGCGCCGGUGACGUCAUCACGCUGUGUUUUGGCGCCAGCGUUUUUAAAUCAGCGUCUGUGUUCCCCAUUUGCUGCCUGUUAUCCAGACGCUGUUUUGGCUGUUUAUGCCCUGAGCCUGCUACUAUUUGCCUCCACAACUGCAGUAAGUAAUCUGCCUACUGGGGAUGUUUGGUAUGUAUUACCUUUACUUAUGGGUGUAUUCUGCUUAUGUUUUAGCUGACCCAUGAGUUCUAGACGAUCUAGAUCCGCUGCCAGUGGGAGUCCACAUCAUAGGCAUUCUGAUAGAAGAAGAGAUGAUGAUCGUGGGAGGGAGAAGUCUUGUAGAAAGGAAUGUAUUUUCUGCUCUUUGCCUGCACUUCAGGAUAAAAAAGUUUGUCAGAGCUGUUUUGAUCAAAAUAAUACCUCCCAGUCUUCUGAGCAAUUCAAUAAUUUCAUGUCAUGGAUGAAGGAUUCCUUUAAUAAAUCUAUGUCUGACAUGGUUGAAAAAGUAACAGAUAAUGUACUUGCUAAAGUUUCUGCCAAUCAACCAUCCACUUCAUAUGCUACAGCAGAUUUAGCUGUUCACAUUCCUGACGAUAGUGUCUCCUCUGAUUCACAAGAGGAAGGGGAAGUGGAUUCAGAUGAUGAGUUGUUUAAUACAUCUUUCAUAGAGCCUUUAAUUCUGGCCAUGAGGAAAACCCUUAAUUUGGAUGUUCCUUGUGAACCUUCUUCCCAACCAGACCUGAUGUUCAAAUCUUCCAAAAAAAGCAGUGUCUUUCAUAUUCAUGAUGUUGUCAAAGCCACAAUUAAAUCUGAAUGGGAUGUUCCUGAUAAAAGAUUUUUUCUGUCUAAAAGGAUGAAAAAGAUGUAUCCUUUUCCUGAGGAUCAAGUUAAACAAUGGGUAUUACCCCCUAAGGUUGACGCUUCGAUCACCAGGGUGGCAAGAAGAACAACCUUGCCUGUAGAUGAAGGGGUCUCCCUAAAGGAUCCUAUGGAAAGACGGCAGGACUCCAUCCUUAAAAAAGCCUAUAGUGUUUCAGGAUCUAUUUGUAAACCGUGUGUGGCUAUUACCUCCUUAGCUAGAGCUAAUAAGAUCUGGUUAAAUAACGUUGUUGAAGCCUUACAGCAAAAGGUCAGCAGAGAGGAAAUUCUAAAUUCCCUUCAUGAGAUUCAAUUAGUAAAUGAUUUUUGUGCUGAAGCUUCUAUGGAUAUCCUCAAGUUGGCGGCUAAGGAAAUGAGUCUGGUGGUGGCAGCUCGUAGAUCCCUAUGGCUCAGACAUUGGUUUGCUGAUACACCAUCUAAGCAUAACCUUUGCUCCCUCCCCUUUGAAGGAGAUCUUCUUUUUGGUCCAAAAUUGGAGAAUAUUAUCUCUAAGGCGUCGGCUGGCAAAUCAGCCUUUCUACCCCAAGAUAAGAAAGAGAGAAGAACAACUUUCAGGGGUAACAGACCUUCAUUUAAAGAUGUCAAAGCUUACCGCCCAGGCAGAAAUUUUCAGAGGCAAUCCUGGAAGACUAAGCCUCAGCCCUUUCAGGUUAAGAAGGAUUCCAAACCUGAUAGAAAUAAAUCCUUCUGAAGGUUUGCGAGCCCUUCAGUUUCCUGUGGGGGCCAGGCUUUCACAAUUCAAAACUGUUUGGGCUCAAACUACGACAGACCUCUGGGUAUCAGAGGUAAUUUCAAGAGGAUACCAAAUAGAAUUCAUAAAAAUUCCUCCUUUUUCUCGCUUCCAAAAGUCAGCAGUUCCAAAAACAAAGGAGGCUCUGCUUGCCCUCAAGGGUAUUCUGAAUCAACUUCUGGUGAAGAGAGUGAUUAUCCGUGUUCCUUCCACCCAAAGAAGGAAAGGAAUUUUUUCUCCUUUAUUUCUUGUAAGAAAAAAAUCGGGAGAUUUCAGAGCUAUUCUAAAUCUAAGGUUCCUAAAUCAAUUCAUAAUAAAAAAGACCUUUCGUAUGGAGUCAGUAAGAUCAAUCGCACAAGUAUUAAGGCCCGGCGAUUGGAUGGUCAAGAUCGACUUGCAAGACGCCUAUUUACAUAUUCCCAUCGCAGCAAGUCACCAGAAAUAUCUUCGGUUUUAUUCCAUGGGGAUUCAAUACCAGUACAGAGCCCUGCCAU